AUCAAUACUCAACAGCAUGGUUUCAUACAUUAGAGGUCCAGCCUACAAAUCCAUUGCCAGCUUCGCUGGUGUGUCAAUCCCAACUGCUAAGAAAUACUUACCAAACUUAGUGUUAUGGGGAGGUGCCGCCGGUGCCGCCGUUGCCACUUUCACUGAAGGGGUUCCAUUGUUUCAAAACACUUUCUAUAAGAAGAUUCCUUAUUUUGGUCAACACUGGGAAUAUAACCCAGAUCCAGAAGAUAUUCCAAUCUAAAAUAUUUACAUUUAUUUAUCAUUAAACUUAAUAAACACAUGAACUUCGGGUU